AUGAAUCAAGUUCAGGUUAGACAAGUACCAGUAACACCUUCGACAAGUCCUGAACGAAAUCCAGGUGCAUGGUUUCCAACUGGUUAUUAUGGUCAUUUUAGAGCUAAACCGCGUAUUGAAUUAUCGAAUUCUUUUCGGCAACUUGCUCGUCCUACUCCACCGAAUAAAUUCGUAGAACGACAAACUUCAGCAGCAACUACACAUUUAUUUUCUGAUCAUGAUAAUCGUCAUAAAUAUGAAGCUGAUGCACUUAUUCGAGGUGCUCAAAAAGGUAUUGGUAGACGAAGAGUUAAUGCAAGAGUAGCCGGUAAAUUCGAUCCAUUUCUAAUUAGUUGGGUUCCAAAAAAUGUUGAUCGUAACACCUAUAUUGAUGAAGUUAAAAUAAGUUCCUAUGCCGAUGAUUAUAGUCGUGAUUACGUAUCACCAUCGAAUGAACAACCAAGUACUUCAUCACUAUCAAAUUCAUUACCUGACAUACAAGGAACAAAUAAAUCACCUGCAGCUGAAGGUAGUAUUUAUUCACUUGGUUAUAGUCAUGGUCAACCGGAUCCUGAACAUGCAAGACAAAUUCGCGAUGAAACAAUUAAAAGAUAUGCUGGAACUCGACUACGUCGUGCUCAAUAUAAACAUAUUGAUCGCAGUACAAGUGUUGCAACAUGUCUUGCAUGGAAUGCUACAGAUUGUGAAAAUAAACCAAUUAAAAAUAAUGAUAAAUUAAUUAAUAUUGAUUUACCCGUUCCAGCACCACCGCCUCGUGUUAUUGCACCAGUUGAAAAUAAUAUCAAUCAACAGAAUCCAUAUCUUAGUGAAUCUAUGCCAACAUUUAAAAAUACAGAACAACCACGUUUUGAUGCAACUCCAUUACGUGAAUAUUAUAGUGUUCAAAUAAUAGCACCACUUCGACGAGCAACUUCAUUUGUACAACCACCUACAUAUACGAUGGAAGGUCUUAUUUCGAAAUAUAUGUAA